CACAUAAGUUAUUUACAGAAACAAGUGCCUGUGCUGUACAUGCAUGUAUUAUGAUUCACUUUUGUCAUGAAUAAAUAUAUGCUAUAUCAUAUUUCAGGAGAUAAUGAAGCGGCAUGUGAUAUCAAGGCAGUUAAGAAUGGGGAACUAUUGUACCAAUCCGAGAGAGUUUUGGCAUGCUCAGUUAUCAUUGAAAAUGAUGUAUUUUUUACUGGAAUAGUCAGUGCAGCCAUGAAAAAUAAGGUCACAUACAGCUAUAAACUAAGGCUGGAGAAAGAAUCUGGAGAUGUGCUAAACUCACACUGUGAAUGCCCUGCAGGGAAAGGCCCAAAUGGUACAUGCAAGCACCUAGCUGCUUGCAUGAUUAUGCUUGAAAAUUUUAUUGAGAAUGGUGAAGUGGCGGUGCAGAAAUCAUGUACAGAAAAUUUGAUGAUGUUCAACAAGCCAAAGGCAUCCCAUAAAGGAUCUCCAGUCAAAGUUGAAAAAAUUACAAUUGGGAAGAGAAAAUCAGCGGUUCAUUUGGAUGACCCACGACCAGAAAAGUUUAGGAAUGUAGAGGGCAUGCAAGACCGGGUCAGAAACCUAUUAAUCAACUAUACAUCAAAUACUUCUGAAGACAUUGCAUUUCGUUAUCUUUAUGAGAGAGCAGAUUUGAAGUCUGCAAUUCAUGACCACCACUACUUAUCACUGCCUUUCACAGAAUACUGGGUGGAUAAAGCAUUACAGGUAACUGAAUCAGAGGUGGCAAGUAUUGAAAAAGAAACAAGGGGACAAUCUACAAAUAAGAGAUGGUUUGCAGAGAGAAUGUGGAGAAUCACAGCAUCAAAUUUUGGGCAGAUUUCAAGAAUGACAGACAGACGUAACAAACAGAAGCUUUGUAAAUCAUUGAUAUCUAUCAAGAGCCUCACCACCCCUGCAGUCACUCAUGGAAAAUCAUAUGAAAAAAAAGCAAUCAAAAAGUUUGAAGAUAACCACAACAUAAGAGUUCAUGAGAAUGGUUUAUUCAUUUGUUCAAAAAUGCCAUUUCUAGGUGCAACACCAGAUGGCGUUAUAGAUGAUAAAUAUAUAAUAGAGGUGAAAUGUCCUUAUAAAGGGCGGAAACAAGAAAUCAACACAAACACAAUGGAAUAUUUCACUUAUUUAGAGGUAGUGGGUGGGGAAAUCAAGCUGAAAUAUCUUCCAAUUACUAUGAUCAAAUUCAGGGACAACUGUAUAUAA